ACAUCUUUAUCUUCUAUAUAUCUAGGAAUAACCCAUUGCUAUAUCUAUCAAUUUUAUGGCUCCAUCAUUAGAGAGCAAUAAAAAUGUUGUUAUUGAUGAUGAAUCCAAUAAGAAUCUUCUUAAAGAAGAAGAAGAAGAUGGAAUGCUUUUUGCAAUGGAUUUGGGGGUUUUAGUGGCGUUUCCAAUGGCUGUUAAGACUGCAUUUGAGCUUGGAAUCUUCGACAUAAUAGCCAAAGGUGGUGAACAUGCAAAGCUCUCAUCUGAAGACAUUGCAUCACAGAUUGGUAGCAUAAACCCUAAUGCACCAUCGAUGGUGGAUCGCCUUCUUAGGCUCCUUGCAAGUCAUUCUUUGUUGUCUUGUUCAUCACUUCCUCAAGUCACCAAAGAUGAAAAUGAUCAAGAACAUGAGCUUAUUGCAUCUCCUAAGAAGAAUGUGUAUAGUCUUACAGCUGCUGCUUCCAAAUAUUUUGUGACUGAUGAUGAUGGUGUCAAUUUUGGACACAGUUUGAGCUUGAUUCUGGAUAAGGUUUUCUUGGAAAGCUGGAGUGAACUGAAAGGAGCAAUAUUGGAAGGAGGUGUGCCAUUUGUUAGGGUUAAUGGGAUGCAUGCAUUUGAGUACCCAAGUGUGGAUCCAAGGUUCAAUGAUGUUUUCAACAAAGCUAUGAUAAGCCACACAAGCAUAUUGAUGAAGAGGGUUCUUGAGUCCUAUGAAGGUUUCAACAACAUUAACACUAUAAUUGAUGUUGGUGGUGGUCUUGGUAUCAAUCUCAAAAUGAUCACUUCCAAAUAUCCAAAUAUCAAUUAUUAUUAUUCCUUUUUUAUUUUUUAUUGUGUGAAACAUGUGGGAGGAGAUAUGUUUGAGAGUGUUCCUAACGGAGAUGCCAUUUUCAUGAAGUGCAUACUUCAUGAUUGGAGUGAUGAACAUUGCUUGAAGGUGUUGAAGAAUUGCCAUAAAGCCAUUCCUGAAGAUGGAAAAGUGAUUGUUGUAGACAUAAUGGUUCCGGUUUUUCCGGAGAAUAAAACCGCCGCUAAGGCUGCUUUCAAAGCUGACUUAUUGAUGAUGACUCAAAACAUUGGAGGAAAAGAGAGAACCAAACAUGACUUCAUUCAUUUGGCCACUGCUUCUGGAUUUUCUUCCAUCAAAUUUGUGUGCUCUGUCUCUGGAUAUUGGGUUAUGGAGUUCUACAAGUAGACACACUUAUGUAUCUAGAGUCAUAUAUAUAUAUAUAUAACAUUCACGCUCUAGUUUCUUACCUUAAAAGCUUCAUAUUUUUUGUUCUAGUUAUUGAGUAGAUUUUUGUAUUUUGUUUGUUUAGUAGUGAUCUAACAUUGAAAUAUUAUUGGAUUUUACCCCGAAUA